AUAGUUCAGCCACUUUCAAAGUCAGCUGAAGACAAAAGGAAGCCCUAGAGGGAGCCCCACUUCAGCGUGUCUCUGACAUUUAUGAACUUGGUUUGCUAGAAGCCUGAAGAAGAUGAUGGCAGGACUGAAAAUCCAGCUGGUGUGCAUGUUACUCCUGGCUUUCAGCUCUUGGAGUUUGUGCUCAGAUUCAGAGGAGGAAAUGAAAGCGUUAGAAGCAGAUUUAUUGACCAAUAUGCAUACAUCAAAGAUCACUAAAGCAAGUGUUCCCUCUUGGAAAAUGACCCUUCUAAAUGUUUGCAGUCUUGUAAACAACAUGAACAGUCAAGAUGAGGAAAUAGAAGAGGUUCCUGAGGAGGAGCUUAUUACAAGAAGGAAAUUUCCCACAGCUUUAGAGGGCUUUAGCUUGGAAGCAAUGUUGACAAUAUACCAGCUCCAAAAAAUCUGUCACAGCAGGGCUUUUCAACGCUGGGAGUUAAUUCAGGAUGAUGUUCUUGAUGCUGGAAAUGACAAAAAUGAGAAGGAAGAAGUUAUAAAGAGAAAAAUUCCCUACAUUCUGAAACGGCAGCUGUAUGAGAAUAAACCAAGAAGACCUUACAUACUCAAAAGAAGUUCUUACUACUACUGAGAGCAGUAAAUAUUUUAUUUACUUGUGAUUGUGAUUUAUGAUCUUUUGAGUGAAUAUCAAAUUAUAUUUGUGUGAAAAUGUGACACAACACAGUUACUUUGCCUCUUCUACAAUUGUGCUUUAUUGGAUGUGAUUUUUCUGCAUUAAUAUGAAUUGGACUGAAUGUUUUCAAAUAAAUCUACAUCUUGA